GUGACUACGCAACGAGGUAUUUCAUGGUCUGCGGCCAUGGAACUCUAUGCAAAGCAUGAAGGCGCUUAUGACGGUUUCUAUCUGCCUGUACCUCAAAGCAACACACGCCUUCUCAUUCCAAUUUUGGCAAUAUAUUUUCGUUCACGAUCCGCGAAACCAGGGGGGAAGUCGGAGCCUGAGACUCGCUUGUAUCGCAUCUAUCGGCCAAAUACAGGCCUGCAAGCACGUCUGAUCGAGCUGGAUCGCCUUCGCGAACGAUACACUAGAGUUGCAAAUCCAUCUGACGAAGCUUGUCAAGGAGCCUGGAAACGAGUGUUUCAGGAGAGCGCCACGAAGUGUAUCCAUCUGUUGCAACAACAAUUCUGCCCUAAGACGGCCACUGCCCAUGCUCAAGUGCAGGCUCGCCUUUUACAGACCCCCUCUGGACCUGAGGCUACUCUUCCUGGUGGCGAUACUCCCACUCAUGUCGGUGUUUGUGAGGCUGGACUUCGAACGCGCACACAUUACGUGCUCAGUGGCUCCGUGCUUAAUGUCUGGCCACGCAUUGAGCCCCUUUUGAUGCAGGCGCGUUUGUCAGCAGCUGGUCCUGCUGGACAGGCUGCCCGUUGCAUGCAAGUAGUUCGACUGAAGCCUCGUGAUGGACGACGUAUUGUCGGUUCGCUAAUCCCACAUGAAAGUGUCGAUGAUAUCCUUGCCUGCCUCUCUCAGCCGGCUGAAGAGGUGGCUGUCACAAGUAAGUCAGGGCCUUUCAGAAACUGUCAGCAAAUAUACACACAGGUGUUUCAAUGA